AUGGAGCCACCAGCCGUCAUGGCGGAGGAGUUUCCGGAAGAGACGGCAGAGGACGAUGGCACAGCUCUAGAUGCUGCGCAAGUGGCAGAGGAACGCCAACGCAGCUUUGAACGCACUCUUGCUGGCGCCAGUGUCCAGAAGGCUGGACUGGCGUGCGACCAGACAGAGGUCAACCGGAUCAUCGCCGAGGCCUCCAAGGGCUCCAAGUUCUACCUCAAUCAAGUAAGGAAGGAUCAGGAGCUCACUGAGAAAAUCGAAUGGUUCAAGGCGAAGCGCGACGAACUGGUGCGCGAGUCCCCAAUGGAGAGGUUGGAGGCGGAUGCUGACCGGAUUUUGCUGGAGGUCGAGGCCACAUGUGACUUGAGCCAGACCAUCGUGCACGUCGACCUGGACGCUUUCUACGCAUCGGUCGAGGAACAGCGAGACCCAUCGCUCAAGGGCAAGGCGUUCGGAGUGGGCAAGGGUGUGCUCACGACCGCGUCUUACGAGGCGCGCAAGUUCGGUUGCCGCAGCGGCAUGGCUGGUUUCAUCGCCCAGAAGCUCUGCCCGCACAUCAUCCUUACCAACCUCCACUUUGACUUGUACACUGCUACAUCCAACAAGGUGCGCGAGGUACUCGUGCAGUACGAUGAGAACCUAAUGAUGGCUGGUCUCGACGAGGGGUACCUCAAUAUCACCUCGUACAUGAAGACGCACGACAUGACCGCCGCCGACGUGAUUUGCUCCGACGAGAACAAACCCAACGGCCAAUUCGAGAUCGAGUUCGACCGCGCCGCCAUCGCACGCUUCAUGCGUGAUCUGCCAGUUCGGAAGAUCCCGGGUUUCGGACGCGUCACGGAGCGGUGCCUCGAGGGCCUUGGUGUCGAGAGGUGUGGAGACAUCUACAAGCGCCGUGGGGAACUGAUGGCCAUGAAUCACUGGUUCGGCUUCCACGGGCUCUGCAAGGCGUACCUCGGCAUUGCGGACAAUACAGUUGAAGCGCCCAAGCGGGGCGAGCGGAAGAGCGUCGGUGUUGAGCGAACAUUUCGCGACAAGACCGCCAAUGACGACAUCCUGCGCGAGCUCGAAGGCAUCGCUGAGGAGCUCGAGAACGACUUGGCCGCUCUAAAGUACUCGGGCAAGACGGUGACUGUCAAGUUCAAACUACACACCUACGAGAGCAAGUCGCGCGCUCUGUCGGUCAAGAAGUACAUUGCGACCAAGGAGGACAUCCUCCCGAUCGCGGUCGACCUCAUCCGCAAGGAAUUCCCAUUGCGUAUCCGCCUGCUAGGUAUCCGAAUGAGUAGCCUGAAGGACCUGACUUUGCCGGACACUGGGAUACGAAGCUUCCUCAAGCCAGAGACUCCGGAGGCCAGCGCAUCGCACGUCGUACCCAACAUAACAGAGGACGAUGAGGACGACGAGCCCAGUCUGACAGGCGGCCGGAGCCCUGUAGCGCUCGACCCCAACCCGGACGCUGGGCCUGUGUGUCCCAUCUGCAAUCGCCAUCUCGGCCCAGAGACUUCGAACGCUGACCUGAACGAACACAUCGACAUGUGUCUGAACCAGGACGCGUUCGCCGAGAUGGCUGACACGGCACCAUCAUCAGCGAAACGCCCAGCGGCCAGUGACUCGCGUCCCGGAAAGAAGCGCAAGGCUUCGAACACGACUUCAAAGGCUGGGAGCUCGAGCGCGGGCAAGGGGAGUGUUCUGGAAUGGCUGCGGCGUGGCUAG